AAUCAGGCUUUAUUGGGUCUUCAGGUUUUCGGUAUGUCUGGUCGCGGCAAAGGCGGGAAGGGUCUGGGUAAGGGAGGCGCCAAGCGCCACCGCAAAGUCCUUCGUGAUAACAUCCAGGGCAUUACCAAGCCUGCCAUUCGGCGCCUGGCUCGUCGCGGUGGUGUGAAGCGCAUCUCUGGGCUCAUCUACGAGGAGACUCGCGGGGUGCUGAAGGUGUUCCUGGAGAACGUGAUCCGGGACGCGGUCACCUACACCGAGCACGCCAAGCGCAAGACUGUCACCGCCAUGGACGUGGUCUACGCGCUCAAGCGCCAGGGACGCACCCUCUACGGCUUCGGCGGCUGAGUGUUUUUUUUUUUUUUCCAUUCACAUAACAAAAGGCCCUUUUCAGGGCUUC